GAAGCCCAGGCAAUCUCCUAUUACUCUUCUCUUGUCUUGAGGCACCAUGACCCCUGAGGGGGCUCUUUGCUGAAUGUAACCAAGGGCCAAGGCAGAGUGGGACCUCAGCUUCUUCUCUGCAGGCCUCUUAAACAGUUGUUAGGAUGUCAGACUCCUCAGUGACAGAUCAGAUGACUCGGCUGACGUUGCGACUCCUGGAACAGAUGCUGGAACAGGAACGAGAAAACUUGGACAGAGAAGGGAAGCAGGAAAAGCCAGACACUGCCCUGCAGAGUGCUUUGAGGAGAAGGAAGGACCUUCUACAGAGACUAUGGGAACAGCAACUGAUGGAUGGGCACUCUCCAGCCCAUGCCUGGAGGACACAUGAAAGAACCCUGGCGCCAGCCCUGAACCCAAAGGUGCCUCCCAUGGAUGUCUUCCCUGCUGCCUCCCUACCUCUGCCCCUACCCCCAGAGCCACCAAGGAUCAUCCAGCACCAGGUCCCCCAGCCUCCUGCCACCAUCAUUCAGCAGUUACCCCAGCAGCCACUGAUUGCACAGAUUUCUCCUCCUCAGGCCUUUCCCACUCAAAGAUCUGGAAGUAUCAAGGAAGACAUGGUGGAGAUGAUGCUGAUGCAGAAUGCACAGAUGCACCAGAUCCUCAUGCAAAACAUGAUGCUCAAAGCCCUGCCACCUGGGCCCACAGGCCCACGUGCUGCUACCCUCCAGGACCAACGAUGGGUGCACCAUGGAGUCUUGCGAGCUGAAAAGCAGAAGCCACCCCCAGUGCACCACCACCACCAUUAUGCACCCCCCACCCAGCUGCAGGCUGCCUCCACAUCUGGAGCCCCUUCAGGAUAUUCUGCAUGGCCUCCAGUGGUUGCAGCUGCUGCCCUCCCACAUGUGGCCAGCUUCUUGCCCACUGUGAGCCAUCUGACUGAGCCAACUACUUCCCAUCCCAGCUACCCUUAGCACAUAAGCCUAGACAGAGAAAGCAGGUAAGUGGAAAGAUGGGCCUGGUCACCUCUCCUCAAUUAUGCCAAAGAACACAUGUACCCUGUGGUCAGGCCAAUGCACUGUGGCUGAUUUGAAGGAUCCAGAAAAAAAAAAAAAAAUGUCAUUUGUAGGUCUCAGCCCCUGUUGCCAGACCAUGUGGAGCCAUGUCACCCUCUGGGAAAGCUGCCUUAUAUCUCUGACAGCUUAUCAGGACUGGUCCCCUAGACUGUCCUUUAUCUCAGGCCAGGUCGUGGAGCACCCCCAUUUGACACCGUUGAUUUUCCCCUCUGGAUGCACCAGAAACCAUGUUGCCUUUCCAGGUGUGUCAGGUCAUUGACCUAUCUCAGUAAGCAUCAUGGUCUUCAGCCUUGAUUACUCUCCAGGCCAUCUGGGAAAGCUAGGAGACCGAUGCCUCACCCAUGUGAAACACCAACAUUUUAUUAUGAAAGACUUGA